AUGGCCAACAGCAGCUCCAUCCCCCACUUCCUCCUGCUGCCAUUGCCAGGCACAAGGCAGCUGCAGCUCUUGCACUUCUGCCUCUUCCUGGCCAUCUACCUGGCUGCCCUGCUGGGCAAUGGCCUCAUCAUCAGCACCAUAGCCUCUGACCACCACCUCCACACCCCCAUGUACUUCUUCCUCCUCAACCUCGCCCUCCUUGACCUGGGUACAAUCUCCACCACUCUCCCGAAAUCCAUGGACAAUUCCCUGAGGAACACCAGGGACAUCUCCUCUCCAUCAUGUAUCGCUCAGGCAUUUUUCUUUCUCUUUUUCCUUUCAUCAGAGGUUUGUCUCCUCACCACCAUGUCCUACGAUCGCUACGUUGCCAUCUGCAGACCCCUGCACUAUGAGACCCUCCUGGGCAGCAGAGUUUGUGUCCACCUGGCAGCAGCUGCCUGGACCUGUGGGGCUCUCAAUGCUCUGCUGCACACAGCCAAUACAUUUUCCCUGCCCCUCUGCCAGGGCAAUGCUGUGGAGCAGUUCUUCUGUGAAGUCCCCCAGAUCCUCAAGCUCUCCUGCUCCACAGCCUACCUCAGGGAACUUGGGCUUCUUGUGGUCAGUAGCUGGUUGGUGUUUGUCUGUUUUGUGUUCAUUGUGGUGUCCUAUGUGCAGAUCUUCAGGGCAGUGCUGAGGAUCCCCUCUCAGCAGGGACGCCACAAAGCCUUUGCCACCUGCCUGCCUCACCUGGCUGUGGUCUGCCUGUGCUUCAGCACUGGCAUCUUUGCCUACAUGAAGCCUCCCUCCAUUUCCUAUCCAUCCUGCAACCUGGUUCUGUCAAUUCUGUACUCAGUGGUGCCUCCAGCAGUGAACCCUCUCAUCUACAGCCUAAGGAACCAGGAGCUGAAGGCUGCCCUGAGCAAACUAAUCCCUGGAUUGUUUUAG